UGGAUUUACUAUCAGCCAGUCAUAGAAGUGGAAGUUAUGCGGUUUCAAACUGAGCACUCGCUGUCCUGAGGAAGGAACACACAUUUGACUAGACCUUAUCUUCUGUAAAGAUGUGCUGCACAUCAAUUCAUCUCCUCAUUGGUGCCUUACUUGUCUUUGCUAUUGAAAAUGUGGCCACAGCCAGGGAAAACAGCACAGAAAAUAACACAGCUCCAGUUUCAGUGCCUUCAUACACCACCACCCAAUUCAAAGAAACAGACUUUACCAUUCCAAACGUCACUGUUACCCUGCCAAACAAGACGGCUGUGAAUACCACAUCAGCAUCAGAAUUGCCUACUCCACCUCCCCCAGAACGUCCGCAGACCAACAAUUUCACCACAGGCGAUUCUCUGAAGACCAUUGCACAAUCAAGCACAAUUAAUAUGAUCAAAAGCACAACUAUUAGCAAAGCAACUAUAACUACAGCAGUAAAAACUACAGUUUCGACAACAACGCAAUCGGGGACAAAAACUUUUAUAGUUAUCUUUAUUAUUGCCAUUCUGUGCCUUGCUGGGGUAUUAGUUUAUUGUUGCCUUAAAAAGAAAUCUAGGAAGUACUCUGUGGACUUACAUCCCAAACACGAAGAUGCUCAGAUCCCACUCAGCACAGUGGAUGCAGAGGUGUUUGACACCACAUCAGUCAAAGAUAUGCAAACGUUCACUCCUGUCGAGUCCACCGAGCCGCUUAAGGACCCUGCGCCUGAAUCUGAGAAGCCUGAGGGAGAGAAAGAAUCAGCUGAUGUUAAACAAGAAAACCAACAGAAUUUAUCCAGCACUCAGGCCACAGAGAACCCAAAGGAUAAAAUGGAGGGGCUGACCGUAGUGGAUCUGACUGAUGGAGAACCGACGAUCUCCACCAAAACCUCAAUGGAAUCCCUAGAUGAUGUUCUCAAUGAAAACAACAGCAACAAUACAAGAGUCAAGGGCAAUGGGCAUGAUUUCACUGAAAUCUCUAUUGAUGCUUUACUUCUAAAAUAAAUCAGGUUCUUCCCAGCAUUUUACAAUGAUCUCUGAACCUGACUGAUGGAUUGUACUGGAACUGGAAGUAACAGCUGAACUAAAUUCAUUGUUAGAACAACCUUGUUUUUGAAUAUACAUACAGCACUAAGAAAAGUCUGUAAAAACAGGGCCCAAUGUAUUGUGUUAAUGUAAAGGAAUUUUCUGUAUACAUUUUCACUAGUCUUUUACUCAUAUUUUUAAAUGCAUUGUGUUGUUUUAUGGUUAAAAGGAAAUAUACAUAAACUUAAUGGAGUGCAACUUAAUGGAGAAACUUCUGCAGAUUUUUGUUCCUACAUUGUAUUUCAAUUAGCAUACUAUUACCUGUUAUGUUAGAUUUUAAUAUUGUAACUUGUUAAUUAUAAUUUUGUAAAUGUUCAACCAGCUUUUUAUUGUUGUUGGCUGUAUGUGUAAAUGAACAAUGUGUACUUUUUCCAUGUUAUUGCACCUAGAUAUCACAAUUUAUUUUCCAAGCAAAAGGAUGCUUGGAAAAUAACCGAAUAAUGCAAAACAUGUCCCUUUUGACAGCUCCAGGCAUUUGAAUAAAAUAACAGAUUGAUUCUUUGUUUCUUAUAUUCCCACCCAUUGACAGAGCAUAUAUAUCAAUAUAUAAAAUUGUUGAGUGUUGACGUUAAUGGCAAAAGGGACAUUUGUACAUUUUUAAUUAAAAUAGAUCUGUAUGUAAAGGGAAUUCUGUAAAGGAAAUCUCAUCAGUGCUAUAGAGCUCAUAGUUCCUCUGUUGUAUGUACAGUAUACAGUAUGUAUGUUUAAAUGCCUAUAACUGUUAACUGUAAAACGAUUCAUGUAAUACAAUUUUGGUCACUAUUUUUUUUUUGGAAUUCAAAUUUUCUAUUCUUUCUUUCUUUCUUUCUUUCUUUCUUUCUUUCUUUCUUUCUUUCUUUCUUUCUUUAUGUAAUGCUUUCAUUGUUGUAAAUAUCCAUUGAACUUUAUGUUUUGGGUUAAAGGCUAGUUUUAUUAAUUUGUAUUAAGAUGUGUCUUAUACUGUUGUAAACUACACAGUCUAAAGAAAGAUAUAAGCCUACUGUUGGGUGCAAAAUGGGUUUAUAAUUAGUUGCUUCUGCCUUUUAAUAACAUAUUGUCAAGUAAUACAAUAAAAAUUGAUCUUGAUCAUA